UCGACCGCCGGACCAUAACGUCUCAAGACAGUCCAAGAUCUAGAUGUCCCCGCGUGAUCGUAGAUCGUCCCCCUCAAAACACUUCGAGAUUUAGUGCAUCGUACAUCUAGAUCUAGUCCACUGAUAAUUCAUUGACAAUCUAUAUCUCGUUAGUUUUUUUUUUUUUAAAUGUUAAAAUUCUAAGAUCCUUCUCAAAAUCAAGAUACUAAUAACUCUUGUGUUAAAUUAAAGUCUAUUAGCACCAAAUGAUCUCAAAGGACUAUCUCGUUCGUUGAUCACUAAAUAGUUUUCCUGACACUUUGGACCGUAUCUGUCUGCCAGUUACUUCAAAACAUGGAACAAAAUCGAAGAGUUGUCAACAAUACCAACAACAACCGGAUUAACGAGAGAGAACCAGCACCAGCACAGCCAGCUGAUACUGCAGUACCCAGUGCACCGAAGAAGAGGAAAAGUGACCAAGGGCCCACCCCUUCCCUUAAACCUAAGGGACUGCCACGCCCAUUCGACUACCUGAACAAGCCAGCGUCUGCUAGGAAGCUGUUUUUUGACCCGCCGCCAGCGUCUGCGCCAUUGCCCGACUACUCCCGCCUGCCAGUCCCACCUGUGCCGAGUGGACGCAGGAGCCACAGAGUCCGAGCCGUCAGCAGACUUCGAGAAGGCCACACACUGAUAAAGAAACGCCUUUUCAAUAAUGGAUAGUUCUUGUCAGAAUGUCAGCCAUGUCUCCUACAUUUUUACAUUUUAUUUUUUUGCGACCACUCAAAAGUGCUUAGAAACUGAUGACGUCAUCCCUUUUUUGUUUUGUGUACUUUAAAUUCAUGAUAGUUAAGUAGAUCUUUAAAAAAAAUCUUUUGACAAACGAAAAAUUCUACCACAACAUAUUGCCAAAGUCUGUAGUCAACUGUAGUGCUAUAGUUGGCUACAAAUAGCGUAAAAAAUGUUCCCU